UUUUCUGUCACUUUCUUGGUUUUCUUUAAUUAAUUAAUAAACCCUUUUCUAUAUAUAUAGAAGACCUCCCUCACACUUCAAUUCCUCAAUUCAAAAGGACAAAAGAUCAAGAAAAAUACACAUCUGUUUCUCAUUCUCUUCUCAAAACUUGAUUCAGUUUGAUCUAUAUAUCAACAGGAAAGGUGAAAAAUCAUCAUCAUCAUCAUUAUCACCAUGAGUUCAACAAGCAGAGCUUGGAUGGUAGCAGCAAGUAUAGGAGUAGUAGAGGCAUUGAAAGAUCAAGGCUUGUGCAGAUGGAACUAUGCAUUAAGAUCAAUUCAGCAACAUGCUAAGACCAACAUCAGAUCUUACUCUCAAGCUAAUAAGAAGCUUUCUCUACCGUCUUCUUCUUCUUCUUCUUCUUCUUCUGCCCUGUUGACUAAGAAGCUUGGAAACGAUCAGAUUACAAAAUCUGAAGAGUCACUUAGAACUGUUAUGUAUUUGAGUUCUUGGGUCCCAACUGAGAGCCUCCCACUCUGUACUGUUAAUUCUUGUUCAAAGCACAAGUUUAUAGUCUUUUCUUUCGUAGAUUAAA